GAACCACUAGUAUAUAUAUGCUCUCGCAUUGUAUGCAUGUGUAUUUAAAUAUAUAGAAAUAUAUAUUAUUUUAUUGGUAGAUGUACGUUGUACAUGUGAAUAUAUUUUAUAAUAAAAUAUAUACAUAGAAAAUAAUCGUCUUCUCCGAUAGACUGAGAAGUCCAGAAGACUAAAUACUCACUUGCUGCUCGUGCGUUUCUUCGAUUCAGUGCGACGAGUGUAGAAUAUUACAAGAAAAUAAUAUAAUUAAAUAAAUACAAGCAGUCACCAUCAAAACUAAAUCAAAAUGUUCGUGUACGGCUUCUUGUGGCUAUGGAGUGUUAUUACGCGGGAAGUGUCCUCCAACGUUCUGUUGGUCUUCGUGUCGGUGCUGAUGAUCGUACGAAUCCUGCAGAUCCUAUCGGAAGAGAAGAAACUCCCGCCGGGUCCUUGGGGUCUUCCCAUUAUAGGCUCGAUGCCCUUUCUCAAGGGCGAUCUGCACCUGUACUAUAGAGACCUGGCCCACAAGUACGGCACACUUUUCUCGAUGAGGAUAGGUUCGCAGCUGAUGGUUGUCCUGAGCGACUACAAGAUGAUCCGCGAUACCUUCCGCAAGGAGGAAUUCACCGGAAGACCAGUCACCGAGUUCACCAAAAUCCUUGGCGGAUACGGCGUGAUUAACACCGAAGGUAAACUGUGGAAGGACCAGAGGCGCUUCCUGCACGACAGAUUGCGCAACCUCGGCAUGACUUACAUCGGCUCGAAGAAGGCGCAGAUGGAGAGCCGCAUCACGCGUGAAGUCGAAGAGUUAAUAAUCGUGAUGAGAGCACAGAAUGGCGCUUCCACUGAUAUCAACUCCUUCUUCGCCAUCUCCAUCUCAAACGUUAUCUGCGACAUCCUCAUGUCCGUCCGCUUCUCUCACAACGACACCCGCUUCCAACGCUACAUGGAACUCAUCGACGAAGGCUUCAAACUGUUCGGAUCCAUGAGCCCCGCCCUCUUUAUCCCCGUCCUCAAAUACUUGCCCGGUCUGAGGAAAACUCGCCAGAAGAUCGAAGGGAACCGUAAAGAGAUGGCUACUUUCCUACAAAUGACCAUUGACGAGCACAGGCGCACCUUCGAUCCUAGUCACUUGCGCGAUGUUGUCGACACUUAUCUCUUGGAGAUCCAAAAGGCUAACGAGGAAGGCGUCGGUCAUCAAUUAUUCGAGGGUCGCGAUCACGAUCGUCAAAUGCAACAAAUCAUGGGCGACCUCUUCUCGGCCGGCAUGGAAACCAUUAAGUCAUCCCUCCAAUGGGGCGUCCUCUUCAUGCUCCACCACCCAGAAAAGAUGCGUGCCGUGCAGGAAGAGCUCGACCAGAUCGUCGGCAGAAAACGUCUUCCAAAUCUCGAAGACCUCCCAUACCUCCCCGUCACCGAAUCCACAAUCCUAGAAGUCCUACGCAUAUCCAGCAUCGUCCCCAUGGGAACCACGCACGCUCCAACAAAGGAUCUCAACCUGAACGGCUAUCAUCUUCCGCAAACCGCCCAAGUGGUGCCACUGCUGCACGCCGUCCACAUGGACCCGAAACUGUGGGACGAACCGGAAAAAUUCGACCCAUCCAGGUUCAUCGAUGCCGAAGGCAAGGUCCACAAACCAGAGUUCUUCCUUCCGUUCGGAGUCGGUCGCCGCAUUUGCCUUGGAGAAGUUCUCGCCCGUAUGGAGAUCUUCCUAUUCUUCAGCUCUCUGCUGCACAGCUUCGACCUCACCGUGCCGGAAGGCCAAACCCUUCCCAACCUUAAAGGUAACGCCGGCGUGACGAUAAAUCCGAACCCGUUCAACACGAGCCUGAAACCUAGGCCCUUUGAUUCGGAUCCAAUCACGACGACGAUCCGCACCGCCGGAAGUCACUAAAAAAAACAAAAAACACAACACAAAUCAAACUAACAACACAUACUAAAUAUCAUAUUACUCUUUAUCGCUAUUAUUAUUUCUACAUAUAAUAUUUUCGUUGUUAAUUUAAGAGCACGGUGACUGAAAGAAUGGUUCCUAGCCGAAGGCACUUCUUUUACUUUUACUACAUCCAUAAUAUUAUUACUUUUUAUAUAAAUUCGUAUUAAUGAAUUCGUAAUUAAAUUCGUAGAACUUAAGUCUUCGAUUAAAACAUAAUUUAAAGCAAUUAAAAUAAUCUAUCAAAGAUCUCCGAUCGCAAAAACUCAACCGAGCAGAAGUCGGCUGUGCGUAUAUACAAAGUGUUCAUUAUUGUUUUGUUUUCAUUAGUCUUACGUACUCGAUUAUAAGCAUACAAUUACAAUUAAUAACUAGUCAAGAGUAAAAAAAAAACAAACAAGAAACGUUAAGAAAAAAAAGUACGAGUGAAACCUCCGCCCACUAUAUCAUAAAAUAAUAUAAACGACGAGAAAAGUAGAAGAAAAGGAAACAAAAUAAUAUUGCAUGUUGACAUAUUACUUUACAUAUAUGUUACAAUUACUGUUUUGUUCUUUUUUUUUAUAAUUAACAUUUUUCUGUUACCUAUUUUAAUAUGAACCAGCGUUUAAUUUAGUAGUCUUAAGUAUAGGUCGUCGCGUUUCGAACAACCACCGAAGCGCGGGAAACUCAUUUUUUUUAUAUAUAUUUAUUUCUCUUGUACAUAUUGCUGCUACCCUCAUACCCAACCUGCGAAUGAAAA